UGACGGCACAGGCACCUAAGAAACUCUCCAUCAUGAAAACUGCUGUGACUCUACCUAGCAGUCAUGCUGCAGCGGGCUUGGAAGGGAGGAAUAUCAAGAGAACUGAAAUGGAAAAGAAACAGAAAUGUCCUUCUCAGCUUCCACUGCUCCAGGAGGUUGGAUGUAGCAUUGCACAAAGUGGUGAUGUGAAGGUCUGCCAAAAUACCCAUUGCAUCUGGGAAGGAUGCCGAGAGGGGACCUGGAAUGAGUUUAGAGCUGUUACCACCAUGAAGCCUUCAAUACCAUUGGAACCAGAAGUGAGGCUUCAUAUCACUGGCUUGCAUGAUGAUUACUAUUUAAACAUACUGGACUGGAGCCUUGAAAAUCUCAUUGCUGUUGCUGUAGGACCUGUUGCACACAUCUGGAAUGGAGGAACUCUUCAAGCAAUUGCGAGCAUUGAUUUGAAUUCUAGUUCCAAAUACAUUUCAUCCCUGGCUUGGAUAAAAGAAGGAAGUUGCCUUGCAAUUGGCACCAGUGAUGGAGAAGUGCAACUGUGGGACAUUGAAACCAAAAAGAGGUUGAGAAAUAUGUUUGGUCAUCUGUCUGUAGUUGGAGCUCUGAGCUGGAAUCAUUAUAUUCUGAGCAGCGGCUCGCGACUAGGAUCAAUUCAUCACCACGACGUUCGAGUUGCUCAGCACCAUGUUGGGACUCUUUGCCAAAACAAGCAAAGCAUUUGCAGCCUGAAAUGGUCACUAACCAACCAGUUGCUGGCAAGUGGGUCUAGCGAUGGUAUAUUGAAUAUCUGGCCUGGUGACCCUGGUGUGAGAUUGCAGUCACAGCCACUGAAAACCAUACCUCACGUCUCAGCAGUGAAGGCUAUGAACUGGUGUCCUUGGCAGUCCCAAGUCCUUGCUACAGGGGGUGGGAUGAAAGAUGGGAUUUUGCGUAUCUGGGACAUAAAUUGUGAGAAAAUCAUCCAAAGUGCAGCUACAGAUUCUCAGAUUUGUUCCUUGGUCUGGUUACCCAAAACCAGUGAACUGAUGACUGGACAAGGCCUUCCUGGAAAUCAGAUGAAAAUAUGGAAGUAUCCCAUGCUUGUCAAUUCAUCAGAACUCUAUGGUCACAAAGGGAGAGUCCUGCAUAUAGCCCUGAGCCCAAAUCAGCACAGGCUCUUUUCUCUAGCGGCUGAUGGAAUAGCUUGUCUGUGGAAAUGCCACGAGUCUGGGGAGAGCAAGCAAAGCAGCAAGGCUUUUUCUAAGGGUUAUUUGAGCUCAUUCUUGUGA